AUGUUGGACGCCUUCGAGAUCUUGACGACCUCUGGUGUCGUCUUGUGGUCGAGGUCCUCUUCCAAAAUCGGCGCAGCCGCAGUCAACAGUCUGAUCAACGAUGUCUUCAUCGAAGAGAAAGUCCGCCCGACCGCGACCAGCUCAAAUAAUCCUACGUACAGACAUGACAAGUACACCUUGAAAUAUACGUUGGUCAAGGAUCUGGGCCUAAUAUUCGUGGCCGUCUAUCAGUCUCUGCUUCGCCUUACAUGGGUUGACAAGUUGCUUGAUGACAUCCAGACAAUCUUUGUCCAAGUCUACAGGGGUCAACUUGAGGAACUCGAUUACGCCGCCCUGAAAUAUCCCUUUGACCCGUACUUCGAUGAAGAAAUGCGCCGGUUGGAUGAAAGCAUGCUCGGGGCCGUCACCCGGGAGCCAAGUCACGUUGAAGUGCCGCUGGAGGAGAAGAAAACAAGUGCUGAAGAAGGGGACACUGGGGGACCACCACCCCCGGAAACGCCACAGACACUCAAGGCACAGCCCAAAGCUGUGCCAGGGGUCAACGAAAGUUCUCUCCAGAAUACUCCCGUCCAGUCACCUGAUACAUCUCGUCCGACGACUCCUAUUCCAGGCAUUGCACCACAUCUGUUGACAGAGAAUGGCAGGCCACAAAGUCGGAGCUCUCGGAGAGCAAGAAAGGCUGCUCACGCUGCUACUUCUGCCAAUGUUUCCAGUGGAGACGAAGCUAGGAAACACAAACCGGCCAAAACCAGCGCAAAGAAGGGUCGGGUUUGGGGUCCUGAUGGGAUAGCCGAUGUGGAAGAUGAUGUGAAACUCGACUACUCGGCUGGCGAUGCUGGCACCAAUGGAGAGACAGGGAUGAGAUCUCCGCCGCCGGAAACCAUUUCGCAGGAGAGUUGGGGAACGAAGACCAAACAAGGCCAGUUCGUCCUUAAAGAUCUUGGCGAUGAAGUGAACAACAUCCUCAAGUCGGCAGAUGCCAACAAAAGCGAGACCAACGGGACUGGAAAAUCGACCUUUGGUGCAAUUUCAGGAUACUUCAGGAACAUUGUGGGUGGGAAGACGUUGACGAAGGAAGACCUUGAGAAACCUCUGAAGUCCAUGGAAGAACACUUGAUCAAUAAGAACGUUGCCCGUGACGCAGCUAUUCGGUUGUGCCAGGGAGUGGAGGCUGAAAUGGUGGGCAAAAAAACAGGAGCAUUCGAAUCAAUCGAUGCGGCAUUGCGACCAGCGCUGGAAAACUCACUCAGGAAGAUUCUCACGCCAAGAUCAUCAUUGGACCUCCUCCAACAGAUCGAAACCGUUGCAAAUCCAACUGGAGCAAAAGCGGCACCACGUCCGUUCGUCAUCACCAUUCUGGGUGUGAAUGGCGUUGGGAAAUCCACCAACCUCUCAAAACUCUGCUACUUCCUCCUGCAAAACAACUACCGCGUCUUGAUUGCCGCAGGCGACACAUUUAGAUCCGGCGCUGUCGAACAAUUGAACGUCCACGUACGGAAUUUGAGGGAGCUCACCGCUCGCGAAGGCCUCGGCGCAGUCAGCAUCUACGAGCGAGGUUACGGCAAGGACGCAGCAAAUGUGGCCAGGGACGCGGUCACCUUUGCAAAGGAGAACGACUAUCAAGUCGUGCUGAUUGACACGGCCGGACGAGCCCAUACUAACACACAACUCAUGGCGGCGCUGGAGAAACUCGUGGACUUUGCGAAACCAGACUUGAUCCUCCAAGUUGCAGAGGCACUGGUGGGUAACGAUUCGGUAGGACAGGCGCAGAACUUCACCAGAGCCCUGGGUAAGAACCGGAAGCUCGAUGGGUUCAUUGUCUCCAAGGUUGACACGGUGGGAUCUGGGAUCGGGACAAUGAUCAGUCUCGUUCAUGCUACUUCCGUACCGGUGCAAUUUAUUGGCGUGGGUCAGCAUUACGGGGAUUUGCGCCAGCUGUCAGUGCCUUGGGCGGUGAAUAUGCUGAUGAACUGA